CAGGGCCCCGCCCCGGCGCCGCCACCGCCCCCCUCCCGCGCCUGCCGCACUGCGCCGCGCCGCUCCUGCCGCCCAGGCUCCGCCCGCCCCCGCCGCGGGCAGCCGGCAGCGGGGGGAAGCCGCCGCUGCCGCCCGGCAUGUCGGCGCUGGAGUGGUUCGCGCACAAGUCGCUGGGCGGCGGGAUCUACUGGAUCCAGGAGCGCUUCUACGAGUCGGGCAACCGGGCCAACAUCUGGCUGGUGCGCGGCUCGCAGCGCGACGUGGUCAUCGACGCCGGGCUGGGGCUGCGCAGCCUCCCGGACUACCUGCAGGCGGCCGGGCUGCUGGCGCCGGCGCCCGGGGCCGAGGCCGAGGCCGAGGCCGGGGCCGGGGCCGAGGCGGGCGGCGGGGGCCGGCGGCCGCUGCUGGCCGUGGCCACGCACGUGCACUUCGACCACUCGGGCGGGCUGCACCAGUUCGAGGAGGUGGCGGUGCACAGCGCCGAGGCGGGGGCGCUGCUGCGCGGCGACAACUACGAGGCCGUCACCUGGCUCUCGGACAGCGAGGUGGUGCGGCCGCCGCGGCCCGGCUGGCGCGCGCGGCACUUCCGCGUGCCGCCCGUGCGGCCCACGCGCAUCCUGCAGGAGGGGGAUGUGAUCAGCCUUGGAGACCGACAGCUUACUGUCAUGCACAUGCCUGGUCAUUCAAGAGGAAGUAUCUGCUUACAUGACAAAGACCGGAAGAUUCUGUUCAGUGGAGAUGUCGUGUACGAUGGAUCCAUGAUUGACUGGCUUCCCUACAGCAGAAUAAGUGACUACGUUGCAACCUGCCAGCGUCUCAUAGAGUUAGUGGACAGAGGUCUCGUGGAGAAGGUACUACCCGGGCAUUUUAACACAUUUGGAGCAGAAAGGCUGUAUCGUUUAGCUUCCAACUACAUUUCACAAGCUGGAGUUUGUCACAGAGUUUCUACUUGUGCCAUGAGAUCCAUUGCAAGCGUAGCACUUCGUAUUACAAAUUCUAGAGCCACCUCGUAGUGAUAGUGCAUUUUGUGUGAUUUAUUCCCUGUUGAAAAACCAAAUGGCUUGUGAAAGCAUUGAUACAUGCAAAAGCAGUAUGCAUUAGUAGAGAGCUGGCAAAUUGAUACAGAUGAGCUGUAAAAAUUCUCUUUAUUUUUGCCUACUUUAUUCCUAUUUUUUUAAAAAAUACAUAAGCUAGUAGCUUAGCCAAAGCUACCAUUUUCUUUCUACUUUUUCAGGGCAUGUUUGCACACAUUGUGGUUGCCAUUGGACUGCAAUUUGAAAUACAUUGCUUUAUUUUUGAUAUGAUUCUGACAGAUACAUAUGAUAUGCCAAAAUGAAAGGUUUUACAUGCCUGAAACUCAUGCCUGAAACUUUUUUGAUGUAGCAUUAGGGUAAAGGUUUUAUUUGUGUUUGAAAGUAUUUUUAUGUGGCUGAAUUGUAAUGUGGCCAUUAAUGCUCUGUGGUGGGGGAGAAGGAUGGAGACUAUAAUGUUCCAUUGUCCCACUGCAGAUACUGGAUUAAACAUCUUUUACAAUUGUUACCAUGGAGUGAAUGUAGCUUGAACUGUUUACUGUUUGCUUAUGAAGUGUUCUGGUACUUACGUUGUUACAACAAGUAAAGUGCAUUGCAUUUGAGUCUGUUCCAAAAAAAGCUGAAUACAUUGAAAAAUGUUAAAUGACAUUGUAACUUCCGUAUUGAGAUGGAAGUGUGAUAUUUAAAAGUUGUUUAAAUAGUUAAAGGAUGUGUAUUUAUACUAAGAGUUUAUAUAUUUAACUUCUGUAAAAGGACACUGUCUGAUGUUAUUUUUGUAUAUAAACAUACAUACUUUCCUAACAAGAUUUGCUUUUUCUCUUAACAUUUUCCCCAAACUUUUGUGGAAUUUAAUCUUACUUGUUUGGCUUUCACUUUAUGUGGAAGCAUUUCUUUUCCUCUGAUGAUACCAAGCAUACCAAAUUAUGGGCUCUAAGGCAUGGGGGUGGGAAUUGGAAGCCUUCUUAAUAGUUUAAAAUCUGGUGAGAAAAAAAAAAAAUAGCCUACUUUGGAAACCAGCUGCAAAAUAAAAGGCAUUUUUGAUCAAAAUUUAUGAAAGAGUAGAUCUUACAUAAUAUUUUUCUUCUCCUUUCAUAGCUGACUGCACUCCUGUCUUUCCUGUUUGAAUAUUCCCUUCACCAAAAGUAGGACUGAUAGGUUGUGACGUGCAUAGUUCUUGUUAGCAGUGCCUCUUUCCCAUUAUAAGCUGAAGCAAAAUUGUAAGUAGGCAGACAGAUGUAACAAUGUGGUACUUGGAAGACAGGUUAUUACUUGGAUCUCUUUUAGAGAAAUCUUAAGUAUUUUAGUGUAUUCUAUGAUGAAUGUUUAAUUAGUGGAUAGACUUGUCACAAAUGAAACUUCAGAACUAUUUAUAUUGGUCUCAUGUGGCCAGAGGAAAAAAUAUAGUCAGUCUGGGAAGGAAGAAAUCAUUCAGUGAAGAGGCACAGAACAAAUUUCACAUUGUGGUUUUCCUUCUUUCCCUGAUGACUGACACUUGCUGCUAUUUAUGUAGCAAUCCAGAAUUAUUCUUGAUAGGCAAGGAUUCACAGAUGGGCAAUUGUGCAGAGCUGUGGAGGGAAUCAGGAAAUUCAGAAUGAGUGAAGAAAUAUAUGUUAGCUCAUGACUGAAGCUUGCACCAAUUAUCUGGACGGGACCAUGUUAUCUGGAAGAGCUGAUAUUACAGCUUACCAGCAAUAACAUUUGAUCAAAUUCCUUCAAAUUAACCACCUGUAGCAUAAUGCUGACACAAUUCUUUAUGCUUUUGUGAAGACUGCAGCAGUACUGGUGAUAUCUAGUGUAGAGUAAUGCAGACAAGAGAUACCUAUUCUUUCAUAAAGCCCACCAAUAUUGAACUUAAGCUGCUAAAAAUUUUUUACAAAUGUUAAUUAGUCAAGUGAGAUCACACUGAGUUAGUUUUGUGUUGUACACUUCUGUUGUAUUUGAUCCAGUAUUAGGAGCCCUGAAACCAGAUUUUACUGUAUUGUAAAGCCUGAGCUCCUAACAGGAGGCUCACACGCAUGUCAAUCCAAAAGGAAAGAUACUGUCUAUCACUUGUGUUUAAAUCUAUGCUCAGUAUCAGCUACAAGAUCCUUAAAUGUUCAGAUCACUGGCAAAAUGUCAUGUUAAACCAUGCUUAAGCCCAUGAAAUCUACGUAGAUAACAGCAAUUGUCACAUUUUUUCCUUGACAAAAAUCUAUGGAAUAUUUCCUAAAUCAGAAGUGAGCUUAAUUUGAACACAGCCUGGAAUGGUGUGUGUUAGUAAACUGCUGCUAUAAUUCAGUUGAAAGUAGUUGUUGUGGGUCUUAAAAUUAUUUUUGUAUUAUAAGAAAUUCACUACUAAGAAAAUGACGUCUUAAAUAUAAAAUAACGGGCUCUGACUAUUUUUGUUAAGAACUACCAAGUUUUAGUCAUAAGAGUUUGACAGUGUCCCUUUAACACUACUUGGAUUAAGUAUCUAAAAUAUAUAUGUUAAGUUUAAAUGUUGCAACAUUUUGUAUAUUUAGAACUGUUAGAUUUAUUUAUAAAAUCCAGAUCAAUGUACAUUACUUCAGUUUUCAGUAGAUUGGAGAAUUUAUGAAAAAUUCAGAUGGGAAGUUUUGCUCUGUAAUCUGUCAAGACUUUACUGAUGUUAAAUAACAGUUUUCACAGAAGAAACAUUUUAUCAUGAAUAUCAUAAUAAAAAUGUUAUAAACUUA